AUGUUCUCUUCACUCGGGCUGUUCAACAAUGUCCCAUGUCCUGAUUCAUCGUGUCAUCGGCCCAACUGCGUGUUUUCACAUCAAAGUCAAGCAGGACCAUCUCGCUCGUCACCCUCCAAGCGACCUGUAGCAACUCCGGCAGAAACGAACGAAGUAGGCAGAGCGACGAAGAGGAAAUCAGACUCGACCUUGAUCCCUAGUGAGAUCAAGAAAGCGAAACAGGUCUUCAGUGCUAUACACUCCCCGCAAACAGUAGUCGCAACCCCCCACAAACCUAUCUCCCCAAUCAAGUCAUCUACUAGUACGAGUACUCAAAAUUCAAAACUCAGUGGAGGUGUUCCCAUACUCCCUACGGACACUGGACAAGCUCCGAAAUUACCCCUGUUUCGACGAACCCCGCAGCCUUACGCAGACAGACAGAAGGGUUUACAAACUCUCUUCGCUCAGUUCAAUAAGCUGUACGUCCAAAUUCUACGACAAUCACCAAAACUUGCUCAAGAGUCGGCAUUAGCACAAGAAGAAGAAGUCUCAUCCACUUCCACCAACCUCGCCGCUUACAAAAGAUCCAUCCAUCAUGCCGCAGUUAGUAUCUCCCGUAGACCCAUCCCCACUACCAUCCCUCAUCCAUCCAUCGGUACUAUCAAAGUCUCUCGAGAGGCAUACGAACAAGCAGAAAAAGCUUCCACCAGUCGUCUCACCAGAGAAAGGAUAAUAAAGUAUUGUCUUUCCCAUGAAGAGAUGAUCAAGUGGAAUUAUCCAAAUUCAACGGAUAUGUCUCUCACUUCUGACGAAAAUCUUGAACCAUCGGCAGAGGGGACAGAGAAGAUAUGUGAUAGGUGUAAAAUGUCUUUUGUGGUAGAUGGAAAGAAUUUGAAAGAAAGGUUUGGAGAAUGUAAGUAUCAUCAUGGAAGGACAGCGCCACAGCGAGUGGAAGGAAGGAGGAAAUGGAUUUAUUCAUGUUGUGGAAGAGAAAGAGGAGAAGCUGGAUGUGAAGAGGGUUUACAUGUGUUUAGUGAGAAAGAAGAUGAUGGAAAGUUGGCAAAGAGAGUACCUUUCAAGACUGUCAAACAGGUGCUAGAGAGUAUGCCUCGGAAGGGCGAAGUUGAGACACAAGGGUGGGUUGAUGUGGUAGGAAUGGAUUGUGAGAUGAUUAGCACCACCGCCGGAAUAUCUUUAGCAAGAGUGACCAUAAUCGACGAAAACGGACUAACACUACUGGAUGAACUCGUCCGACAGACAGUCACCGUCUUAGAUCUCAACUCGCGAUUCUCAGGAAUAAAACCAGGAGAGCUCGACGAAGCUGUUAUGGACCUUCCGGCAGUUCGAUCAGCUUGUUGUGCUUUCAUAGGACCGGAGACUAUCAUUGUAGGCCACGGGUUGGAAAAUGAUCUUCGGGCUCUUCGUCUCCUACAUGAUAAAAUCAUCGAUACGGCCAUCGUAUUCCCACAUGAUAAAGGUCAUCCUUUUCGUCGUGCACUAAGAGAUAUUGUGAAGGAGAAAUUGGGAGUGUUUAUCCAAGAUCGAACGGCCGACUUGGGACAUAGUUCAGCUGUGGAUGCGAAGGCAACUUUGGAUUUGUUAAAAUGGCAAGUUCGGGAUGAUCAUUCGUCUUAG